AUGCCUAUACGACGACGAACACGGCUUGCAACCGCGCUGCUCGCGGGGGUGCUGGGCGUGCUGCUCGCGCUGCUGGUCCCACGCCCCGGGCGGGUCGGGCCGCCGCCGCGCCCGGCGCCGGACGCGGGGGUGGGGACCGAGGCGAAGCGGGUGGAGCGGCGGGAGAUCGUGACGGCGCGCGCGCGGAUCGCGGUGCACGACCUGUGCGAGGCGGGCGUGCGGGAGUACGCGGGGUACGUCGACGUCGCGCGCGACAGGCAUCUCUUCUUCCGGUACUUCGAGUCGCGCACGGACCCGGCGCGCGACCCGCUCGUGCUGUGGCUCCAGGGCGGGCCGGGGGACAGCGGGGCGGUCGGCGCGCUGCUCGAGAGCGGGCCGUGCCGCGUGGCCGCGAACGGCUCGGCGGCGCGCAACCCGCACAGCUGGACGCGCCGCGCGAACGUGAUCUACCUCGACCAGCCCGUCGGCGUCGGCUUCUCCUUUUCUUCUUCCCCCGCCCCGCACUCGGCGGUGGACACCAACGCGGCGGCCGCGGCGGACGUGCACGCGUUCCUCCGGCUGUUCCUCGCGCACUUCCCCGCGCUGGCGGGCCGCGCGCUGCACGUCGUCGGCGAGAGCUACGGCGGGAUCUACGCGCCGCACGUCGCCGCGCUGAUCUGGGCCGCCAACCAGACGCCCGGCGCAACCCCGAUCGCGCUCGCGUCGGUCGUGCUCGCGAACGGGAUCACGGACCCCGCGGUGCAGAUCCCGUCCAUCGCGGAGUACGUCUGCGGGCCCGCGGCGGCGCACGGCGUGCUCGACGCGGCGGAGUGCCGGACGCUGCGGCGCGCCGCCCCCGCGUGCGCCGCGCUCAUCCGCGUGUGCAAUCUUCUCCCGACGGAGGCGACGUGCGGGUACGCCGCGCGGUGGUGUCGCGCGCGGCUGUUCGCGCCGUGCAUGAAACCGGACCGGAACUGGUACGACCUGCGGCAGCGCUGCGACGCGGCCGGCGCCGCGAUCGCGCGCCCGGAGUGGUGCUACGCGCGCACGGCGGGGGUCGCGCGCUACAUGGCCGCGCCGGCGACGGCGGCCGCGCUCGGCGUCGCGCCGGCCCGCGCCGCGGCCUUCCGCGCGUUCAACAUGGACAUCAACGCGGGCUGGAACGCGCGCGGCGAGGGCGUGCGCGACGCGGCGCGGCUGCUCGGCCCGCUCGUCGACGGCGGGGUGCGGCUGCUGGUGUACGCCGGGAACCAAGAUAUGAUGGCGAACUACGUCGGCAACGAGCGCUGGGUCGGCGCGCUGCGCAGCAAGCACCGCGCCGCGUUCGCCGCGACUGCCCCGGGGCGCGCGUGGGUGCCGCGCGGGGCGGCCGAGGCGGCCGGGCGCGUGCGCAGCGCCGGCCCCGUCGCGUUCGUGGAGGUGUACGACGCCGGACACAUGGUCGCGCACGACCGGCCCGCGGCGGCGCUCGAUUUGUUCGAGCGGUGGGUCGCCGGGGAGCCGCUGGACGCGUGA